UGGCUUAACUCAGUCAUUGGUAACAUCUGCUGUUCUGCACAGAGAGCGAGCCAUAAAACAUGAAGGUCUUGUUACUCUUUGCUCUCUUCUUCUGCUUGGUCCAAGGAAACUCAGGGGACAUACCACCCAGAAUCAGAAACACCGUGUGCCUCAUGCCACAGGGCCACUGCAGGCUCUUCAUGUGCCAUUCUAGUGAGAGAAAAGGGGAUAUCUGCUCCGACCCCUGGAACAGAUGCUGUGUCCCCUAUUCUGUUAAAGACAGAAGAUAGAAGACUGAGGUUGGGAGAUCUGGAAUGUGGGGCACAAGCUCCUGAAGGGUGGAGACCUGGAAAUGCCCCAAAGGCUUUGAGUAUGUGUGGCUGACGGUGCACGCUCAAUAAACACUUGCUGAAUAAAUCUAUCACUGAGGCAAAGGUCCGAUGAAAGGAUUUUAU